CGGUGCCUACUAGUUCUCAAAGUCUGUGCCGAACGAGAUUCGUGGAGAUUCAUUGCGUACCCCCUCCUCCCGCCCUCCUAGAAAAACAUACCUGAUCGCAUCCGAGCUGCACGGUGCAUUCAUCUUUCGAACACAAGAAUUCUGACAGGUCAGACUCCUCGAUAUCAGGCAGCAGAUGCACCGACGUAUCAUGCGAAUCCUCAUUCCAUGGACACAACCUCCAACGAGGCCGCCAUACGUCUACAACCCUUAGGUGGGCAUGGCACCUUCACCGUCAAAACCACCAGCGCGGCCUUUCUGGCCAUUGCGCUAUACAACGCGGUUGAGCUUCUGAUUCUCAUCCUGGGGAACUUCCAUCAUCAUCAUGGCAUCUAUUUCUGGUCGCUCCUCCUAUCGACAGCCGUGGGCGUCGUCCCCUUCUCGAUAGGGGCCAUCAUCGACCUGUACAACCUGAGCCCGUUAUGGGUGAUCCUCGUUAUGAUCGACCUCGGCUGGAUAUUUAUGGUUGGGGGGCAAAGCGUGGUGCUCUACUCCCGUUUACAUCUCGUCUCGCGCAAUGAUCGCGUUCUCCGCUACCUCCGUUAUAUAAUCAUCAUUGAUACCCUUAUCCUUGCCACACCGAUGAGCGUCAUCUACUUCACAACCGCUUACGCAAAACCGAGAGUAUGGGCUAGGGCCUUCUACAUCAUGGAAGUCAUUCAGGUCAUCUGGUUCUCCGUCCAGGAAUGUGUCAUCUCCGCCUUCUGGAUCGUGGAAACGGCGAGGCUCAUUCGCCUCCGCCCGGGACACGACAGACGGCGAAAGCGAACCAUGUACGAGAUCCUCGCGAUCAAUCUCGCUGCGAUUUUGAUGGACAUCGCUCUCUUAGUGCUACAAUUUUCGGGUUACUACUAUGUUCAGGUUCCCGUGAAGGCUACCGUGUAUAGUAUCAAGCUCAAGUUGGAAUUUGCAGUCUUGGGGAAGCUGGUCCAUCUCGCAACCACCCACCACACGGACUCCAUGGGACUUGGAGGAUCACCAGUCAUGACUCCUGUUGACGUCGCUGCCAGUAUCCCUCCGUCAAGUGACGCUUCUAAGGUGCAUCGGUCUAUGAAAAUCCCGGGUGAAUUUUGGAAGCCAACACCAAAGCACAACGCCGCGAGCGGAGCGCUAAUGUGAUCCGACCGAGAAUCGGCUUGGAUUUGACUGCGACAUCUAGUACCUAUUCGGGCACAAACUGUUGUUAAUUGUAUAUAUGCAUGUAUUAUAUUACUGUACUAGCUUUCCGACCCUUUUCGUUACAGGGUGGCCCCA